GAUGAGGACAGUAGUGAGGAGGAGGACCAGCGCAAGGGUGUGUCGGCGCUGAUCGAGAUCGAAAAUCCCAAUCGCGUUCAUCGCAAGGCCAACAAAAAUCUCACACUCGAAAACGCUGGCGGAGCCGCUGGUGGCAGUUCCCGAAACGGCGCGCCCGGCGCUGACGGGGCGGCACCGGUGCCCGAGUUGUCCCGCCGGGAGCGGGAAGAGUUGGAGAAGCAGAAGGCCCGGGAGAACUACCAACGGCUGCACGCGCAGGGCAAAACUGACCAGGCCCGCGCCGACCUGGCCCGACUGGCCAUCAUCAAACAGCAGCGCGAGGACGCGGCCAAGCGUAGGGAUGCCGAGCAAAAGGCCAGAGAGUCAGAGUUGAAAGCGAAACAAUCGUUGACUAAUAAGGCGUUGGGCAAGAAAUGA